AUGAAGCUGACUUCUGUUAUUUCAAAUAACAAGGCUGGAGCUCUUGAUUUAUUGAAGGAGCUUAAGAAUAUUCCCAUGACCCUUGAGUUGUUACAGUCUACCAGAAUUGGAAUGUCAGUGAAUGCGAUACGCAAGCAAAGCACAGAUGAAGAAGUUACAUCUUUAGCAAAAUCUCUUAUCAAGUCUUGGAAGAAACUGUUAGAUGGACCUUCAACUGAUAAAGAUUCUGAAGAAAAGAAAAAGGAGCCUGCAUCUUCCUCACAAAACAGCCCUGAAGCAAGAGAAGAAAGCAGUUCAAGUAGCAAUUCCAGCAGCAGGAAGGAGGAGGGUAGUGCUCCCUCAAAUUCUUUCAUCCCUUCUUUUCCCCGGGCUCCAAGCACUUCGGAUUCUGUACGAGUGAAAUGUAGAGAAAUGCUCUCUGCCGCUCUCAGAACAGGAGAUGAUUACAUUGCUAUUGGUGCUGAUGAGGAAGAGCUGGGUUCUCAGAUUGAAGAAGCUAUUUUUCAAGAACUAAAAAACACUGAUAUGAAAUACAAAAACAGGGUACGAAGUAGGAUAGCAAAUCUCAAGGAUGCAAAGAAUCCUAACCUAAGGAAAAAUGUGUUAUGUGGGAACAUUCCUCCUGACAAGUUUGCCAAAAUGACAGCAGAGGAAAUGGCAAGUGAUGAGCUGAAAGAAAUGCGCAAAAAUCUGACCAAAGAAGCUAUCAGAGAGCACCAGAUGGCUAAAACAGGAGGUACCCAAACUGAUCUGUUUACAUGUGGCAAGUGCAAAAAGAAGAACUGUACAUACACCCAGGUUCAAACCCGCAGUGCUGAUGAACCCAUGACAACGUUUGUUGUCUGUAAUGAAUGUGGAAACAGAUGGAAGGUAGACUGCUCUCUGUGUCUGAUAGCAGAGAGCCAGGCUCUGUGCUUAAUUUUGGUUUACAGGAAUGACAAGUGAGUUUCUGUUGAGUUUUGGUUACUUCUUAGCCCAUUAAUGAUAUUAUGUGUUGAUACUGCAAAGUAG